AUGAAGCCUUCAUUUGUUUUUGCAACGUUGCUGGCCGCUGUUAGCUCUGCGCUUGCAGGCGUGGUCUCGACGACAAUCAUCGAUAGCAUUGAUCCGGCGAAGUGGAUCUCUGUGGAAAGUGGAGAAAUUGACCACAAUGCCCUUGGAACUGUUGCGAACAGCACUGGAGUCUCUUUGGAAGCCAGAGGAGGAACCCCUGUUGUCCACUGCUACAACUUCGGAACUUCGACCUCCCGUACUAUUCUGGUUACCGUUAUUGAUGAUUUCUGCAACAAUCGACUAAUCGGCCUGACGGCUCGCCCCGGGGUCGAAUACUGGUCUCGCUAUAAUUAUGGGCCAGUGACCACAUAUGUUUCCCUCACUAUGACUGGCUGCUCGCCAUGGGUUGUUGACUCUGCAUGCAACAUCAAUCUCAGGCGACCCGUCGACGGAUGCAACACCGGUGGAGUGAACGGGAAACAGGGUGGAUGGAUGACCGACGAUUGCGCUUCCUGGAGGACAGACCCAGGCAGCAAUGGUAGCGACGUAUAA